CCUGGUGCGAGCUGGGUCCCAGAGAUAUUCUGCUAAAAUUCCCGUUGCGGGUUUUGUUCACCAGAUACCGAUAGACCGUCUGCCUUUGGCUUGCGUGUGGUAUGUAUGGAGCAGUGUGGUCCCAACCUAUCAUUUUCUAGGAAGCUGCCACCUAUCCAUGAAUGUUGAGCGACUAAAUGAAUGCAUCUCCAAACUGCAUAAGGGUCGGGUGCCAAGGGGAGGCCUCAAAACCAUUAAAUUUUCUAGCCUCUUCCUGGAAACUUCUUUAGAUCCAGACUGGCGGUUUUUGCUCUAUACAAGUAGUAGCAUUGAUAUAGCGUCUGCAGGCAAAAGACGGGAACAGGUAAUAAUGUGUAUGUGAUAGGUUAUAUGACGGAUGGCAGAUAUAUUGAGACAAGGCGUUCUUCUCAGAGAAAGAAGAGGAAUUAUUAGAAAGAAUUUCAGCAGAACAAAAACUCCGUUCGCUUUUAACGACCAUUUGAAAUCCAAAAAAUUUACACCAACACCUGCGAGGCCAG